AUGGGAAAUGAAGCUCAAGACCAACAAUCCUCCAAAAAGUUGCUAGUAUAUAAUCACAGCCAAAAGCACAAGAUGAAUGCUAUUAAGCUAGUUGUAUUCACCAACCUUGUCACCAUUUACAUCUUCACUGGUCCAUUAAGUUUUUGGUAUCAAUCUUCUUUGAGUCCUCGUGAAUCAAACUCUAUCUUGCAAGAACUAAACUCCACCAAAGCUCAACUUGCAGCUACUCAUUCACUCUUGUCUGAGUUGCAACACAGACUCAACUCCACUAACUUACUUGUUCAGGCCUUGCUUAUUGAUCUUAUCCGCGAACAAGAUGAGCAAUCCAACAGUGUAGACCAGAAUCAAUUGACCUUGAAGCUUGGUAAUGAUGGUUCCACAACAAUUGUUACAUCUGAUGAACUCACUUCUGCCCUUGGGCCUCACAAGCUCCCUUUUGGGUACUCACCAAGGAUAGGAGCAGAUGAGAUUCACACACCUGUUGGUGCAGCUUGCUUGAAGUUCCAUGAAGAGUUAAACCAAUAUAUGACAUAUGAGAUUGGAGGGGAAUGUCCUAUAGAUGAUGUACUUGCACAAAGGCUCAUGCUAAAAGGGUGUGAGCCCCUGCCUCGUCGGAGAUGCCACCCCAAGUCUCCAAAAAAUUAUGAAGAGCCAACACCUUUGCCAAAGAGCCUUUGGACAACCCCACCAGACUCAAGCAUUAGAUGGGAUGCUUAUACUUGUAAAAGCUAUCAAUGCCUCAUUGAGAGAAAGAAUAAGCCAGGGUCCUAUGAUUGCAAGAAUUGCUUUGAUUUACAAGGUGAAGAAAAGGGUAAGUGGAUCUUUGAUGAUGAAGGACUUGAUUUUGGAAUAGACCAAGUUCUUGCAACCAAAGCUGAAGGGAUAAUUCGUAUUGGACUUGACAUUGGUGGUGGUACCGGAACAUUUGCUGCAAGAAUGAUGGAAAGAAAUGUGACUAUCAUUACAAGCACACUGAAUUUGGAUGGUCCAUUCAACAGCAUUAUUGCAUCAAGGGGUUUGGUACCAAUGCAUAUUAGCAUCUCUCAAAGGUUUCCAUUCUUUGACAACACACUGGAUAUUGUGCACACCAUGGAUGUCAUAAGCAAUUGGAUACCAGAUUCCAUGCUUGAGUUUGUCCUGUAUGAUAUAUAUAGGGUGUUGAGGCCUGGUGGUCUAUUCUGGCUUGACCAUUUCUUCUGUUUUGAGUCACAACUCAACAGAACUUAUGUUCCAAUGUUAGAUCGAAUUGGCUUCAAUAGAUUGAGAUGGCAUGCUGGAAUGAAACAUCGUGGGGUUCACAAGAAUGUGUUGUACAUUUCAGCCCUUAUGGAGAAACCAAUGACUUGA